CCCCUCCCAUCCUCUCUGCGCUGUACUCUCAGGGGGGAUCUCAGCACUGCUGCAGCAUCACUAACAACCUCAAUCCUGGAGGCUGGGAAAGAGAGGCGGAAGAGGGAGAAAAACCUGAAUGAAUGGGCAUCGCAUCAGUGAUCAUUAUGGGGAGGACGCUGGCUGCUGCAUAGAAAGGAGGAUUUUCUUCUUUGGAGAAAGAAAAAAAGAGGGGAGGGAAGCAGACAAGAGAAAGAAGACAGAACUGAGACAACAAUUAAGACAAAGCUUUCCCACAAAGCUUUCAUUGGACAAGUACUACAUCGCAAGGGAGAGCACCUGCUGGUGAAACGUCUACUGUCCCUUUCUUUGACAUUCAGACUAAAGAGGCUCUUCUUCCUGCUUUUCUGUUCAUCACUGAGAAGCUGCUUUCUUCUCCUGCCAAGCACCUAGGUUUCCAUGUGACAAACAGCUGUGCAUGGCAAGUGUCCAGAAACAACAACGUUCUUCUGAAAGGCAGGAUUGUUUCUGAUGAGAAACUGAACCCACUGAUGACUAUUUUUAUGGUACCAUAAUAUGAUACCACCAAACUAGAAGAAGAGACCUGUUAUAUGAGAUCAGCAUUCAUCGUCUAAUGUGUUGCUUCCUACCAUGGCUACUCAAAUGCUUCUGAAAGGUCCACAAUCAAGGCCUUCAUGAGUACCAAGCCAGGAAUUGAGAGAAACAAGAAGGAGGCAUGGCCCUGAGCAGGACCUGUCCCUAAACAACAAGGAGACGUGAGAGGACUAUCUUCCAAUGGAGCAAAAAUGACCAGGACUUGAUGUAUCCUCAGCACCAUCUUCCAGAAGCAAUGCUCUAGGAAACCAUAGCGCUAUGAAGGGCUUAGGCGAUAAUAGAAGCCGCCAUCUUUCUGAUAACCUGGACUCGCCUCAAGACUCUCUUUAUGCUACCCAAGACCGGAACCCUUAUCUCCUCAGUCCCACAGACUCCUACACAAUGGACCCUCGGUUCCCUACACCAAAUUCUCUCCACAGUGACUGCCUCCUUCCACUCAACAACCAAAUUUCUAACAGCAGCACAUUUCCACGGAUCCACUAUAACUCCCACUUUGAGGUACCUGAUGAGAAUCCCUUCCCAAGCCAUGCCCAAGCCACCAAGAUCAACAGGCUUCCUGCCAACUUGCUAGACCAGUUUGAGAAACAAUUGCCCAUCCACAGAGAUGGUUUUAGCACCCUCCAGUUCCAGAGGAGCUCUGAUGCCAAACAGCGGAGUGAGAGCCCCGGAAGAAUCCGGCACUUGGUUCACUCAGUCCAAAAACUUUUUGCUAAGUCACAGUCCCUGGAAGGAGCCUCCAAAGGCAGUGUGAAUGGCAAGAAAGGCAUUGAGGACUCUAAGCAGAACCGCAGGAGCAAGAGCAAAGACCGGGCAAAAACUACUGAAACAAAGCGCAGGACCAGAUCCAACAUAUCGGGCUGGUGGAGCUCAGAUGACAAUCUGGACAAUGACACCUGCAGUUAUCGUAAUCCUAUGGGCCUCAUGACCCUUGGCAGGCAGCCCGAUCAUAGCCAGCCCAGGUACUUCAUGCAUGCUUACAACACAAUCAGUGAACACAUGCUGAAAUCCUCCAAGAGCAAUAAUGACCUCAAGGUCGCCCCUUGCACCAAUAUCCCCAUCAGCAGUGAGUCCAACUACAUAAAGAGAGGCUCCUGGUCCACGCUCACACUCAGCCAUGCUCGGGAGAUGUGCCAAAAAGCAUCCGCUACCAUUGACAGAGCGCUGCUGAAAUCCAAGUCCUGCCAUCAAGACUUAGCCUAUCAGUACUUGCAGGUGCCUCAGGGAGACUGGAAUAAUACGUUGACUAGGGACAAAGACAAUGAAAUCCCAUGUCGGCGCAUGCGGAGUGGGAGUUAUAUCAAAGCCAUGGGAGAUGAUGAUAGUGAAGACUCUGAAACCAGCCCGAAGCCAUCUCCAAAAACUGCAGCACGGAGGCAGAGUUACCUCAAGGCCACUCAACAAUCACUGAGUGAGCAGAGCACCACUCACAGAAGCCUGGACCGCCUUGAUUCUGUUGAGAUGGUUUUGCCUCCAAAGUUCCCAAGCUGGGAAGAAGAAUACAGCCCAAUUCCAGACAACCUUGAUGAAUCCAGUUGCGUCAAUCAGAUAUUUGGACAACCCUCAUUUAUUCCACAGAUAUUUUCACAGGAAGAGCAGGCAGGAGAAGUGGAGCUAAAUGACCAAUACGAGGGACUAUGUGAAUCGACCUACAGUGAAGCAGAAUCAACUACUAUAGAAGUACUGGACCUGCCCCUUCCUAGUUACUUUCGCUCCCGGAGCCACAGCUACCUCCGAGCCAUUCAAGCAGGCUGCUCCCAAGAAGAGGACACGGUCUCUGUCCGGUCCCUCUCUCCACCUCCAGCCAACAGCAUCAGUGGCAGCCGAACGCUUCCCAGCAACAGUUCGGCAUGCCUAGUGGGCUAUAAAAAGACACCGCCACCAGUCCCGCCUCGGACCACCUCAAAGCCGUUCAUCUCUGUCACAGUGCAGAGCAGUACCGAAUCGGCACAGGACAACUAUCUGGACAACCAAGACCAUAAGAGUGAAGUCAACAGCCAGUCAGGUCUGAGCAAUUCUUCAGAUAGCUUAGACAGUACAAGGCCACCAAGUGUGACAAGGGGAAGCGUGUUGACUCCAGCCAGAGAGCCUCCUGAAUUACCCCUGAAAAAUGCAUCACUGAAGAGUGACAAAGGGACAUUGACUAACGAAGAGCCAAAGGAGGAGAAUAUCCCUAAACGGAAGCUGUCAUCUAUAGGAAUACAAGUUGACUGCCUUCAGCCAGUGGCAAAAGAGGAGCCCCCUCCAUCAGCCACCAAAUUCCAGUCCAUCGGGGUACAGGUAGAGGACGAGUGGCGCAACAGCCACUCUCACAGCAUGUCCACGAAGCAGGAUACAGAUUCUGAUUCUCAAGAACCGAAUAAUUCUACCUGUAAAUCAUCUGAGAGAAGCCUUGCUGACUGUCCCCCAUGCAACAACUCCAACAGCCUUGAUGCCAGUACAAGGCAAACAGCCAUGCCCUCCCAGAUCAACAGAAACCUCUCCUAUGGAGAUAGCAAUGACCCAGCUCUAGAGCCUUCCUCUCUUCCUCCUCCGGACCCUUGGCUUGAAACUUCCACCAACACUCCAUCAGAACCAACACAACCUGGAGCGUGCCGAAGGGAUGGGUACUGGUUUCAAAAGCUGCUACAGGCAGAGACAGAAAGGUUAGAAGGGUGGUGUCGUCAGAUGGACCAAGAGACCAAAGAGAAUAAUCUCUCUGAAGAAGUCUUAGGCAAAGUCCUUAGUGCGGUGGGCAGUGCACAACUAUUAAUGUCACAGAAGUUCCAGCAGUUCCGUGGCCUCUGUGACCAAAACUUGAACCCUAAUUCCAAUCCCAGGCCCACAGCACAGGACCUCGCUGGUUUUUGGGAUCUCUUACAAUUGUCCAUUGAAGACAUCAGCAUGAAAUUUGAUGAAUUGUAUCACUUAAAAGCGAAUGGCUGGCAGUUGACAGAGCCACCAGAAAAGAAGGAAGAAAAGAAGCCACCCCCUCCUGUGCCAAAGAAGCCAGCCAAACCUAAAUCCCAGCUAAACCGGGACAAGGCCUCUGACUCCGUGGAUAAACAGCGCCAGGAAGCACGCAAGCGCCUUAUGGCAGCCAAGCGCGCAGCCUCGGUCCGGCAGAACUCUGCCACAGAGAGUGCGGACAGCAUUGAAAUCUACGUCCCUGAGGCACAGACCCGUCUUUGAGCAAGGGGAGAGGAAGAAAACUCUUUUUCACAUCAUUAAAAGGAAGAGGGAAAAAAGGUUCACUAAAUUUAGUGUGAUUUAUUUGGUCUAGAGACAAGGCAGAGCCAACCUUACAAAGGGCUCCGAAUUUGGCUUUCUCUCCGUCUCUCCCCCUCUCUCUUCCCCCCUCUCUCUCCAGCUUUAAAUAAUGAAGAUUUUGAAAGAAAAUUCCCUUCCUGGUCCUGUGGUUUGGUUUUAAUCCCCUCAGCACCCUUCACACUGGCUGUGGUGUGGCAGAACAGACUCUUGGAAACACAGUCCUUUAGACUUGGAACUGCAAUCUUUUUACUUGUUCUAUCUAAGAAGAAUUAUUAGCUUGUUUACAUGAAAAAGGACAACUAUUUCGGGGGGGGGGAAAGCCUUGGGCACUUGCCAUGCUGCGCUUUUUUCGCCUCACUGUAUUCGUUCUGUCCUCCUCUCCACACUGUCUUCUUCUCUCCGUCUCUCUUCCUAUUCCCUGGCCUGUUGUAUCCCUAAUCCUUGUUUUUUCUCCUGUCCUGUAGUUCCUAACCCUCUUUUCUUUUAUCAUCUUCCUCUGCAUGGCGUUGUUUACUGUGUUAGAAGUAAACUCUUCCACAGAGCUCCAGAAGAAAACACCUGUUCAGUGUGUACUGUUGUUGCACUCUGCUAGUGAGCAGCCUUUUGUUCAAUUAUAUAUUAUUUUCCCCCCUAAUGGUGGGUUGGGAAUGGGGGCCUGGGGUGGGUUGGGGGAGGCAGCAGGGCUUUGGGGUUUAUAUAGCUUGUAGUUUAAUUAUGUAAAAGGAGGGCAAGAUCUGUGGGAUGUAAACAGAGUAGUAUGUUAACAGAGCCUUGGAAGCAAACAUGUGCAAUAAGAUAGUGUCGUGGCCUGCACACACCCAUGAAUGGUGCUGCAAAAGAAGGAUUUCCCAUGUCAGGUGUCCAAUCAGAAGUACUACAUGAUGGAUUCCUAUGUUGCCUCACGCAGCCUUCUUUCCCCUCUUUUCUACCACUACCAGUCCUUGGCAGCAAUUGUGUGUGUGUGGUUCUUGUAUACAAGGUUCUGUGUUAGAAGUAUUUACUACACAGGAGGGACAAGACAACUGUAUCAAAAAUGUUUUGUAAUAACAGUCCAUUCAAUAAUGGAGGGCAAUGGCAUUUCUGCUGCUAUAAGAAGGGGUUAUCUGGAUGAAGGAUUGGCAGUUUGCCUGCCUGCCUGCCUGUAUGUAUGUGUACAUAUGCACAUAUACACUUAGUAGGAUCUGUAUAUUUAACACGUACACAUACAUGCCCAUUUGCUCAUGCACGCAUUCAGGUGGUGUUCUUCAAAAGCACCUCAGUGAGAGUGGGUGUAUGUAUAGCAUAUAUUUUUACAUGUACUAUAGCUAGAUGUGUGUAAAAGUGUGUGCAAGAAUAUAUACCCUGCGUAAUUCUCUCUCCUUCCUGUGCUCCCUUGUGUUCUCAAGGGAGAAGCAGUCAUCAAAGUUCACUUUGCCCCCUCCCUCCACUCCCUAUCUUGAUUGAAUUCUGUGGAGACAGGAAUCAAAUAACUGCUUUUAAACUUCUCCUCUGCCCACCAAACUCUACCACUCCAUCUCUCUCUGAGCUGUGCACUCCCAUUGCGGAGGAUGAGAGAAGCUCUUCUGUGGAUGGCUUCUGGUGGACAAAAUCCCAAAUGAAUUUUAUAUCUGGCAUGUUAGAAGUUUAAAGAGAGGAUAAGAAUUGCUACAACCUAAAUCAUGUCAGUGAAUUUGUGUCUGGUGUCUAUGCAUAGAGAGUGUUAGAUUCUCCACCUCUCCACUUAAAUGUGCAGCUUUGUGACCUGUGAAAGCUUGGCCAUACAUAACAUGGCAUCAAAUCCAAAAUUGAUUUAUUCCCAUUCUUUCCCCAUCUUCCCUUCCCAAAUGCCUUUACAGGUAGAAGGUGCUUGAUUUGACUUUUGAGCAAAUGGCUACGUCCCACAGUUCUUUGCAUUAAAAAAUUGACACACUUGGAAUGUGACUUAGUUUUACUCACAUUUCCAAGGACAGUCAUGUUUUUCAUUAAGACUGGUACUUGCUUGAUGGGCCCAAUUGCUGCUCGGUAUGUCUUAGCCUACUUCAUCAAUGGAAUUGAAUCUUAAAAUCGAAGUCAGUCCAAAUAAACUAGUUUACAGAUUGCACCUUAGAUAAGCUUUCACUGCACUUGCUUCAGAACUGCUUCUCGCAUUACAUAGUGUCAGAGGAGUCUUGGCAUCAGUCCAUGCACACAUACACACACACACAAGAGCAGCUCUCUUGGAAUGUGUACCUACCAGAUACAUGUAUUUAGCACAUUCAUCCUUUACACUUGAGGUGUGUUCACAAUGUUUUUUAUUCGUACAUGGAAAAAGUUAGUGAAGUGAAGGGGGGAUGUGUCUUCAGUCUGUCACAAUAAGAGUAAUAAGGAUAUUGAGUUCUACAAGUGCAUUGUGAAGGAGGUAGGACUAUAAGCAGAAUAUUUCUGAGUCUCAGCCACUCUCACUAUGGCAGGUAGACCGGUAUGGGUUUUCAUGCAGGGGAAAUGGAGUACUGAAAUCAAUUCAAAAAUAGUUGGCUGUUUUUUUAAAGCAACUGAGUGUCAAUAAAACUUCACCACUAUUUAAAAUUCUUUAAUUUUCUCCCUUCCUUGAAAAAAAUGUAAUAUAUUUGAUAGUCAUUGUUUCCAGAGUUUUAGGAAAGCACUGAAAGCGACAUGGAUGUCAGUUUCAUAAAAUGACACGAUUUUGUGCAUAGUUCAGUGUUUGGGAGGCAGAUCAUAUGGGACACCUGUUAAUUUUCCCUUCACUGCAGUAUAUUUCUAAGCUUAAUAAGAGGCUUCUUAACAGCAUAUGGCAUGCAUAUUCCAAUUGGUUUUAUGUAAUGAGAAGACAAGGUAGCAAAUGCAAAAGAAUCACUGGUUCAUCAUCAUUUCCCCUGCUAUAAUGCAAACCUUUUAUCCAGGGAAUCAAAACAACUGCCUUCCAGACACCUAAAUAUCUAUGAUCUCUUAGGAGCACAAACAGGGUGGCCCAAUAGGCACAAAAUAUAUUUCUCUAAAAAAAGAUUCAAAGGGCUGUGAUCCUGCUAAAUUUCCAUUGUGCCUCUGGGUCCUGAAUGUUACAAGUGGAUUAAAGAGAGUUUAAAUACUUCUACAUGUCUGUAAUGCGAUUCAGAUAAUCUCCAUCCUCUACUUGAAUCAGGUGGGGCUUGUUUUUAUCCAUUUUCUUUCAAUUGGCCAUGUCUCCCAUAGAAUUCAAGGGCAAAAACACACAAAAAAGUGUGAUUUCCCAAUAACGGGUCUAGGAAGACAGCUGUGAUUUAAAUGACUUCAUCCCUUGUAGCAAUGGUUCUGGGGGGGGGGGGAUAUACUAUUUUGUGUUUUCCUCUCCCUUUCCUUUUAAGUUACACUAUUCUCUGGGUUUCAGUGUUCUUCACUUGACAAUCUAAAGUGAGCCAUCACUCAUGGCUCUGAAAAUCCCAUUUGGUGAAACUGUGCUCCAUAGCUGCUUCUGUAGUACUGUUUAUCUAAUACAUACGUGGAUUUAAAACAAAUGUACAUAGCUUUGAUAACCUGUUUUGUUCCCAAUCAUGAAGAAGAGGUAGUAUUUUCCCUACAGUAAUCUUAGUUUUAUGGCAGAAAAGAACAAUAAGAAACAGCUGUUUUAAGUCCAUGAUUGUUAAUUUUGUGACAAUAUUUUAAAAACAAAAUGAAAGCCCAACAUUUUGUAAUGUGAACUUGGCUGCCAUUGUAAACUACAGUAAAACGAACAAACAGAUGGUACCUCUUUGGUACCUAUAUGCCACUGUCUCUUGCAGUUUGUGAUCUUUACUCUAUGAACUCCCAAUUUCUAAAGCAGGCAACCAGAUAUAGAAAAAAUAAAGUGAGUUGGGUGGGGGAAAUGUGUUUCUAAAUCAACCAAGAAUUUUAGUUUAGGGAAUGUUUUUUGUCACCCAUGAGGGCAUGACCAGAUUGGUCAUUAAUAAAAAACAAACAAACAAA